AUGGCAUCGGCUCCCUUCAACGUCAUUCGCAAAUCUCUCGUGGAGAACGUGUUCAUCCGGCCAAACUCGAACACGAAAAGCGACUGGCCCAGCAGACGCGCAGAUCUUUGGGCGAUGCCGAUUCCUGCCGCAUCUGGUGGAGGAAUGCACGAUGACGCGCGGGGCAAGCUCCGCUAUGUUUUGUUUUUGAGGGGCAAUUCUCCUGCUGGCUACAAGGUCUACUUCCUGAUGCCGUGUUUUGGGUGUUUCAAGAACAAGAGGCAGGAGAAGGAGGAAGAUGGGAACGGGGGCGAUGCGGUAGCCCGUCCCACAGAGAACAAUGCCUCGCAACCUGCGACCGUGGCCAAGUUGCCGUCCUCCGUCGAGAAGACACCGUCCGCAAAGAACCCACAACAAGCCUCAGAACCCGAGUCCGAACGAGCAAAAAGUGCGACUCCGAUCGUCGAUCGCUGGAGAGAAGCUUUCAACAUCUUGCCCGCGGACAAGCAGAAGAUCCUGAAAGAUCUGGGCUUCGACAGACCCCAGUCAGACAGUGUCGCGUCCAGUAUCGGCGAUUUGAUCACUGCGGUCAACGAGAAACAAGAAGAAUGCGAAAGGAAAUUCUGGAAGGUCCGUGUCGGGGACGAAGACAUUGUUCUCCGCGAGUACACUACGAGCAUUGUUGGGUGGUUAGAAAAGGCUGGGGAUAUUGCAAUUCAGUUUGCGCCCCCGCAGGCCAGUCUGCCCUGGGACAUGAUCAAGUCGCUGAUGAAGAUCCCCGUCAACGAAAGCGAGCAGAUGUGUGCCCUCCUAGCCACGACCGAGCGCAUCGUCCGCAUCACCAGUCGCGGCCAGGUUUAUGAGCAGGUCUACCUCUCAACUGAACCUGGGGUCUCGAUGCAGUCGAUUCAAAAGCAACUGGAAGGCGCCUUGCUCAAGAUAUACAACACCUCGCUUGAACUUCUAGCCGACUCAGGAAAGCUACUGGACGCCAACACCGCGAGACGCACGAUCGAAGCGAUAGUCAACCCGGGCAAAUUCCAAGGCCAGCUCUCCGGGCUCAAGGAAGACGAAGAGGAGCUUCUGCUCGACGUUCAAGCAUGCGAAGCACAGCGCAGCUCCGACGCCGACAAUACAAUGAUCGACAUGCUCAAGACGUUCAACGACCCGAUCCUUCGCGUUGAUGAAGGCGUCACCCAUCUGCUUGCCCAUAUGAAUGAAAGCGACCGUAUUGAGAUGCUCGAGUGGAUCUCCCCAGUGCCGUUUGGCAAGCACCACGAUGGAGUCAGCGAGGACCGGACGCCUGGUACAGGCGACUGGUUGCUGAAUCACCAAGACUUCCGAAACUGGGAAAGGUCAAACUCGUCGCUUCUGUUCUGGUUGCAAGGUCUGCCGGGCACUGGUAAAACAUAUCUCACAUCGGCUGUUAUCGACCGCAUCCAGAGUCAGAUCGCGUCCAAGAAGGAGGGCUUUGCCUUCUUCUACUGCCGCAAAAGCGACGAGUCCCGGUCGCAAGCACAGUCAAUCCUGCAGAGUCUUGUUCGCCAGCUCUCGACCAGUACCAACCACCCCGAGUCUGUGCAGACAAAGCUCCGUGACGCGGUCAAAGAGGCGCGUGACAAGGGCACGAAUUUCCGUCUGCAGCAAUGCAAGGAGCAAAUUCUUACCUCCCUGAACAUCUACGCCAAAUCCACCCUUGUCAUUGACGCCUUGGACGAAUGCGACCCUAAUACCCGCGACGAGCUGAUAGCCGCGCUGAACUCUUUCAUCCUUGAUGCUGAAAAGCCAGUCAAGAUCUUCGUCUCCAGUCGCCCAGAUCCCAGCAUUGCGCCCGAGUUCGAGAGCAGCCCUCAUCUUGGUAUGCGGGCUGGCGAUAACCAGGACGAUAUCAGAAUGUACCUCGACGUCACGUUAGACAAGCAGGCAAGGAGGGUGGCGGUCCUGAAGCGCAUGAAAGACGAAAUCAUGACCAAGCUGCUGGAGGGCGCCCAGGGAAUGUUUCAGUGGGCAGUCUUACAGGUACAGCAGCUCGCAAAAUGCCAGUCUGCCGCCAGUGUUCGUGAACGCCUCAACAAACUUCCCGCUUCGCUCGCAGAAGCCUAUGAUGAGGUCUGGGAUCAGAUCAACAGCUUGGAGGAGAAUGAUAAAAUGCUUGCUAUACGCGCACUCCAUUGGGCAGCGGCUGCUUUCAAGCCCCUGACCACCCCGGAGAUGCUCUCUGCCAUCCGGAUGAACCCAAAUAGAGCCAUGAUCCCGGUGGACGAGAUGCUCGAUGAGAGCGGCCUGCUCUCGCUUUGCAACGGUUUCCUCACUAUUGACAGCCAGCUGCAGGUCUGGCGUUUCCCGCAUUUGUCGGUUCAGGAAUAUUUGGAGUCCGAGGGACAUGUCUCCAUUUCCCAAGGACAUUUGGACGCUGGAAUGGUCUCGCUCUCAUAUUUUAUGCGGGCGUAUGAAGAUAACGGCCAGGAGGAAGAGGCCGAGAUCCAGGGUCUGGAGGAUUCUGGCGAGGAUGAGGGACCACCCCGGGAAACAGACGAUUGGUUCGGGACAAUGCACCCAUUCCACAUCUACAUGAGGCACUGCUGGCCUCUGCAUGUACAGAGAGCGAAUGGCACGGCGAUGAGGGAAUUGAGCACCCUUUUGAAGACGUUCCUUGGGUCUCCAGAAGAGAGCAGCGUGCAAUAUCGGAGAUGGUAUAAAAAGACCUUGCAGGAUUUCCUAGCCCCUUAUCUUAGAAGUGGCUACGAAUACUGCUGGGACCGCCAUUUCAAUAAUGAUGAUUUGCGUGAUGUCCUGCAGGAGCUUUUGCCUGCAAAUGCCAGCCACCUCCCCAGCGUCUUUGCCAUGUGUCGAUUCGCGUUUGACAGCAUCCUGUUGGACUGGUGGGAAACGGCAAAGAUUGAUAUCUCCAGUGUGAACGUUAAUGGGCAUCACCUGCUUGCAAUCGCUGCCAGAGCAGGCUCUUUGCAAAUCUGCAAGUGGCUGCUGAGCAGGCAAGUUGAAGUCAACUCGCGGUGUUACGGUCGGCAUCAUGGCACCGCCCUUGUUGCAGCCGCAUCCCAGGGACAUACUGCGCUUGUCAAAUAUCUGGUUGAAGUUGGGGCGGAGGUGGAUAUGCUUCUUGUGGAUGGGGAAGGCCUCUUCAACAACGCCCUCGAGGCGGCCAUUGACAGUGGAAAUGUGGAAACUACAAGGUAUCUGAUCCAGGAGGCUGGGGCCGAUAUCGACGUCCGACUGCCACGCUCCCCACAUGGCUGUGCCCUUGGGGCUGCUGCCGCCAUUUCAGGCACGGCCAUGGUCAAGACCCUGCUGGACAACGGCGCCGAUGUGAACAAGCGCGUGGACAGUGCGAUCGGAGAGACGGCGUUGAACAUCAAGGUCUGGAACCAGGAGCUGGCGAGCGUCAAAUAUCUGGUGCAGGUGGCAAAGGCCGAUGUGAACCACUGCAAUCCUCUCCAGUACGCAGCAUCCAUGUGCAGAGAUCCACGGAUUCCCCUAUUCCUAGUGCAAGCCGGGGCAGAUGUGAAUGCACAGGCUGUCGCUGGCAUAUAUGGCAGCCCACUUGCUGCCGCGUCGUCAAACUCAUCCCACUCGGAAACACUCAAGAUGUUGCUGGAAGCCGGAGCAGACCCGAACUUGCCGCUUCUGACUGGGGACUUCGAAACCGCGCUUGCAGUGGGCUGUGGGCAGGGCGGACCGGAAGUUGUUCAAUGCUUGUUAGCAGCAGGCGCAGACCCCAACACUACUCUCACACGUGGCAGAUUUGGCAGCGCCCUUGCAACUGCCGCAUACGAGUCCAUUGACGUUGAGAUCAUCAAGGCGCUAGUUGAAGCCGGAGCCGACAUCAACAUGCAGCUGGAACAUGGGGACUUUGGCUGCGCUCUCGCUGCUGGGGGUGCAGGCCGCGACUACGGCGAUAUUGAGGUCUUCCCAUAUCUCGUGGAAGCAGGUGCAGAAAUCAACAUGCCCCUCAAGCACGGAAUCUUCGGGAGUCCCUUCGCAGCGACGGUAUGGGGACGGCAGUUCGAGAAGAUCCAGCUGCUCGUUGACAAAGGCGCGGACGUGAACAUGCCCCUCCCAAACAACGACUUCCCCAACCCGCUUGCAAUGGUUGCUGCCUUUACCUGGGGCGAAGGGACCGUCGAGUACAUCUGCGGGCUGGGCGUCGAUGUGAAUCCAAAACACCCGGGGAACAGAUACGGCAGUCCGCUGAUUGCGGCCGCGGUGUUCGGGCAGAGAGAGUGCGUGGAGUAUCUGAUCGAACACGGGGCAGAGGUAAAUACAAGAUACGAAGAAUCGCGUUAUGCUACUGCGCUACAGGCUGCGAAGGCUGACUUUGCGGCGGAGGAUAAGCAGUGGAUGGUGCGCUUUUUUGGAGGCGACAUGGACGAUGUCGAGGAGAUCGUUGCGGAAUGGAGUGAGGAGAAGCCUGCGAUUGUUGAGCUGCUGCUUCAGCGGGGGGCUUCUGUUUAG